UGCAGCUUAUAUUAAAAAGAAAAAAAAAAAACACCAAAAUGACCACUGACUUCAAAUCCAUCCCCAUCAUUGAUGUUGGUCCAUUAGUAGCCAAAGGAGAUGAUCUCAAAAUGGGACAAGAUCCAAGCGUACGUGAAGUUAUCAAGCAAUUGGAUCAAGCAUGCAGAGAAACUGGGUUCUUCUACGUGAAAGGUCAUGGUGUUGUUCCACAGACACUUAUGAACGAUGUUAAAGACGUGACCCACAAAUUUUUCCAUCUUCCUUUGAGUGAAAAACUCAAAAUCAAAAUGACUCCCAACACUGGUUACAGAGGAUACCAGAAAAUCAAAGAAAAUAUAACUAAAGGCGUCCCUGACUUGCAAGAAGCCAUUGAUUACUAUAGAGAAGUGAAAAGAGGGAUGUAUGGAUCACUUGGGGAGAUUUUGGAAGGAUGUAACCAAUGGCCUAAAGAACCUGCAAACUUCAAAGCAUCAAUGGAAGAGUAUAUCAGACUUUGCACAGAUCUUUCUAGGAAAAUAAUGAGGGGAAUUGCAUUAGCAUUGGGUGGAUCGGCGGAUGAAUUUGAAGGUGAAAAAGGUGGAGACCCGUUUUGGGUGGUGCGGCUAAUCGGGUACCCUGGAAAAUCAGCUGCAAUUCCCCAAAAUAACGACAUUGGAUGCGGGAUUCACACAGACUAUGGUUUGUUGACAUUGAUUAACCAAGAUGACCGUAUAACUGCACUUGAGGUUAAAAACCUAUCGGGAGAAUGGGUACCAGCUACUCCCAUUCCAGGAACAUUUGUAUGCAACAUUGGCGACAUGUUGAAGAUAUGGUCCAACGGUACAUAUGAAGCCACUUUGCAUCGAGUGAUUAAUAAUUCACCAAAGUAUCGAGUAUGUGUGGCUUAUUUUUAUGAGCCAAAUUUUGAUACAUUGGUGGAGCCCUUGGAAAUGUGCGUAGAGAAGAGUGGGGGAGCUCGGCUCAACCAGAAAGCUGUUUAUGGGGAGCAUUUAGUAAAUAAAGUAAAAAAUAACUUUGUCCCCUAGAAAUUAAAUUAUCUUUUAUGUAUUACUAUCUGUAAUAAAUACUAAUAAUUAAUGUAAAAUCAAUGCCAUAAGCAAAACUUGAAUAAAUAUGCUCCAAAAUGGA